AUGACACCACUGUGGAUACUUGUCUUAUCGCUGAACAUAAUAACUCCAUCACAAUCUGUGGAUUUUUCCAGACCAUCAUUUCUCUCAGUGAAGUCUGGAGAACGUGUUACUCUUAAAUGCCCCUUUGGAAAUAUCCGAAUAUCUGAAAGUGUGUUUUGGUACAAACAAAUAUUUGGAGAAAUGCCUCAAAAAGUGGGAGACAGAGUAGCAUUUAACGAUGUCAAAAUGUCCCCCAUGUUCAACACAUCAGGAUUUAUAAUGGAGGUGAAUGAUAACAGCAUUUCUCUGACAAUUCCACAUAUAAAAAAAGAACAUGGAGGACUUUACUACUGUGAAAAAUGUUUCAUGGACGAUGUUACAUUAUCCAGUGGAACUUUCUUGGUUGUAACAGGUGAUGGAGAUGUAAAAGUGUCAGUGUUCCAGAGCGGCGUGUCGGACUCGGUUCCUGCAGGAGCGUCAGUGACUCUGCAGUGCUCGGUUCUCUCUGAGAGCAGAUCAGCAGAACUCCAAGUGCUCUGGUUCAGAGCUGCUCCACCACAAUCCCAUCCUCAAAUCAUUUACACUCAUCACAACAGCAGCCAUCAGUGUGAGAGCGGCUCUUCUACACACACCUGUGUGUACAACUUCUCCAAGAACAUCCUCAGCCUCAAUGAUACUGGAACUUACUACUGCGCUGUGGCCGUGUGUGGGAAGAUCAUUUUUGGGAACGGGACACGAGUACAGUUGGAGAAGUUUCCAGAAUAUGUGAAAUUCCCAGGAGUUUCCGUGGUAGCAUCCAAUCAGGGCCGUGAUGCAGAGGACCUGAAUUACGCUGCUUUACAUUUCAAUAAGAAGAACACCAAAAGAGUGAUAAGAAAGAGAGAAAAACCUGAAGACUGUGUUUAUUCUGAAGUCUCAUCUGCUACCUAG